AUGGAUCAUAUUCUUGAACUUGAUAGCCUUCAAUAUGAUUCUUCCUCCGAUGAUGAGUUGGAAAUAAUUUCAACUUUUGCUGUGGUAAAAGAACGAUUGGAUGGCGAAGGAGGAUCAAGAUCACGACGUGUUUCUGGUCGACGUCGCAAUACUAUUUGGCGUAAUUCUUUGCAAGGCCAAGAAAACCUAUUCCACGAUUAUUUUGCGGAAUCAGCGGUAUAUCCUCCCAACAAAUUUCGAAGGAGGUUUCGUAUGCGCCGUGACCUUUUUAUGCGCAUUCACGACGCAAUAAUAUCUCAUGACAGAUAUUUUGUUCAAGAAAGAAAUGCUGCUGGAAAGCUCGGACAUUCUUCUCUACAAAAGAUGACUGCUGCAAUUAGGAUGCUCGCUUAUGGAGUAACUGCAGAUUUGAUGGAUGAAUACUUACGGAUUGGAGAAAGGACCGCAAUGGAUAGCUUUAUACAUUUUGUUAAAGCGGUAGUUUCAAUUUUUUCUGCCGAGUACUUGAGGUCGCCAAACUCAGAAGACAUUGCUAGAUUGCUAGCAAUUGGCGAAAGUCGUGGAUUUCCAGGAAUGCUGGGAAGCAUCGAUUGCAUGCAUUGGAAGUGGAAGAAUUGUCCAAAUGCUUGGAAAUCCAACAUAAACACACUCUCAAUUUCAGAUUUGCAUGACCUUGAAAUUCUAUCAAAAUAA